AUGAGGAAAUCAGUGAACAACAAAGACGCGCUUGAAGAUAAGAAAGAUGAUAACGAGUUGUGGGAGGCGCAGGCUGCCUUCCUUGGACCGAACCUGUGGGAUAAGACCCUGCCCUACGAUCCAGAUCUCAAGGUACAAGAAUACGUGGACUUAGACGAGUUCCUGUCGGAAAAUGGCAUGCCGGGAGAGGGCUUGGGUGGUGCCCAUUUGGGCGGUUCCGCCUUUGGUGGAAGCGCUGGCCUGGCCCUCGGCCUGCAAGCCCCGGUCACCAAACGUGAAAGAUCGCCAUCUCCAUCGGAUUGUAUGAGUCCAGACACCAUUAAUCCACCGCUGUCGCCUGCCGACUCAACCUUCUCUAUGGCGUCAUCGGGUCGGGACUUCGACCCGAGGACACGUGCUUUCUCUGACGAGGAGUUGAAGCCGCAGCCCAUGAUCAAGAAGUCCAGGAAACAGUUCGUGCCUGAUGACCUCAAGGAUGACAAGUACUGGGCGCGCAGACGGAAGAACAACAUGGCAGCGAAGAGGUCACGUGACGCGCGUCGGAUGAAAGAAAACCAAAUCGCUCUUCGAGCCGGCUACCUUGAAAAGGAGAACAUGGGUCUACGACAAGAGCACAAACACGCCACAUCAUAUGUUGCGGGCAUCGUCGCGCUGCGCCGUCUCGGGCACACCGCUCCUAUCUAUUUG